AUGGCGAUGGAUGCACUGUGUGUGUCUGACGGUGUUGGGUCGGGGGUCGGGAGUCGUGUGAGGUCCGACAGCACCUCCAGCACGGCGUCCCAAGGGUCAAAGGGUAGACUGCUGCUCCGACAGCGCCUGUCCCAGCUGCUGACCUGUGUAGAGGACCUGAGUUCUGAUGAUGAGGCUAACGAGGAACUGUCCCGCACUCUGGAUGAAGCCUUUCAGCUCUGUGGACGCAUCAGCCCCCGAGACACCUUCAGGCUGCACAUGGUCACAUGGAAUGUGGCGACAGCAGAGCCUCCUGGUGAUGUCAUUUCCUUGCUGCAGCUGGACACACAGCCUGCCACAGACCUCUACGUGAUUGGUCUUCAGGAGGUAAAUGCAGCUCCUCUGAGGUUUCUGUCAGACCUGCUGGUAGAAGACUCUUGGAGCCACCUACUGAUGAACACACUGGCCAGUAGAGGAUACAUCAAGGUCUCUUCAGUGAGACUGCAGGGGCUGUUGCUGUUGGUCUUCUCGAAGCAGGUUCAUGUCCCCUUCAUCAGAGAUAUCCAGACUACCUACACACGCACCGGCAUCUUCGGGUACUGGGGUAAUAAGGGUGGUGUAUCAGUUCGCUUCUCCCUCUAUGGUCACAUGAUAUGUUUUGUGAACUGCCACCUGACGGCUCAUAUGGGUUACGCUCUGCAGCGCGUUGAUGAGUUUGAGUACAUUCUGGAGACCCAGGACUUUGACCUGGACAACACACCCACCGUUCGAGACCACGAGGUGGUUUUCUGGUUUGGUGAUCUGAACUUCCGUAUAGCUGACCAUGGAAUGCACUUCCUCCGAUCCUCCAUCAACAGCGGACGCUUCAACCUUUUGUGGGAGAGGGACCAGCUGUUAACGAUGAAGAAGAAGGAAGCCUUCCUCCAGGAGUUUGAGGAGGGACCUCUGAGGUUUAAACCGACAUACAAGUUUAACCGCAACUCUGACACCUACGAUACCAGCACUCAGAAGACAUGGUUGGGCUUUAAUGGUAAGAAGAGGAAGCCAGCAUGGACCGAUCGCAUUCUGUGGCGCAUCAAACCCAAAUCUCCGCCCCCUGAGGAUGACGAGGAGGAGAGGGCGUCGACCUCCACACAGCACUCGGAUGACGGACAGGAGGAGUAUCCAAUCAAAGUGCUCCAGGACACCUACACCUGCGACCCCAGCUACGGGGUCAGCGACCACAAACCUGUCAUAGGAAUCUUUAACUUGGAGAUGAGGAAGCGUUGUGACAGUGCGCUGGUCAGUGUGUGUCCAGAGGGUCAGUGGAGCGCUGACCAGGAUGCUGUGCUGUCUUACACCAUCCUUGAAGACUUCAUGUCCUCUACCUGGGACUGGGUAGGACUUUACAAGGUGGGUUUUAAGACUGCGUCGGACUACGCUACCUUCGUCUGGGUCAAAGGUGAACUAGCAGAGGUCAACGAGGUCAUGCAGGUGUGUGUGAAUAAGGAUGACGUCCCACUAGUGGCAGGAGAGUAUGUUCUGGGCUACUACAGUUACAACAUGCAGAGCAUCGUAGGAUUCAGCCACAACUUCCAGAUUGUGGAGUCUAAGAGGGCAGUUAUGGAGGGGAUGGUUCCACAGGAUGUCAACGGGUUGAACAAAUAAACCCCACAUUAUCAUAAC